ACAUGAUGUUUUUUGAAAUGAAUUAAUAAUUGACCAGGUUUCUUCACACUUUUAGGUCUGAUUAUUCAUUGUUGUUUGUUAUCAGCUUCACAUUGUCACAGAUCUAUGAAGUGACUUAAUUAAUCUGUGUUUUAUAGUAAGCAGUACAUGGAAUAAACGUCAGGCAAGGAAUGAAAUUUGAGUGCUAACAGUCGUAUUUCGAAUCUUGGCGAUACGCUUCCCAAGUGCCCCAGCCUUCGAACCAUUAUAAAGCAAAUGACGAAAAGGAUCCGGUCUCAAAAACAAGUUGGAGUAGGCGAUAUUGAGGACGGUGUCUCGGAGCAUAUGAAACGUAAAUGGGAACCACCAAACUGGCGGGCUCAACUUAGCAAUAUUCGAAAAAUGCGCGAAAGUCGCGACGCCCCGGUAGACUCGAUGGGUUGCGAAAGAUUAGCUGAUGAAACAGAACAUCCGAAAACAUUCAGAUUGCAGGUACUGAUAAGUCUUAUGUUGUCAAGCCAGACGAAAGAUCAAAUUACGGCAGCUGCAAUGGAGCGUCUGAAGUUGAGAGGGUGCACGCUUACAACAUUGACAAGUAUGAAGACAGAAGACUUGCAGGAAUUGAUAUACCCAGUGGGAUUUUAUAAGACAAAAGCUUUGAAUAUAAAGAAAACGUGCGAGAUCUUAAAGGAAAAAUACAACUCAGAUAUACCAGAGACUGUUGAGGAGUUAUGCACCUUGCCUGGUGUCGGUCCGAAAAUGGCAUAUUUAGCAAUGCAGUGUGCGUGGAAAAAAGUGACUGGAAUCGGUGUCGAUACACAUGUACAUCGAAUUAUCAAUCGUUUAAAAUGGAACAAAAAACCAACCAAAUCUCCAGAAGAAACUCGUCUGGCCCUCGAAGAAUGGUUCCCAAGGUAGUAAUUGGAAUAUAAUUGGGAACACUGGGAUGAAAUUAAUUGGUUACUAGUCGGUUUUGGCCAACAAAUUUGUCGCCCAGUAAAUCCAAACUGUAAAGAAUGUUUAAAUCUAUCAAUUUGUCCAUCUGCGUCGAAAUUUCAUACGAAAACAAAGAAGAUCUAAUUUGAAGAUCGACAAUUUGCAUUUAUCUCCCAUUUCAACUACUACAAAAUACUUUCUGAGAUCAUAAGUUAUUUUUUUUAAUAAAUAAAACAAUCAUAAUCAAAGCUCGUAUGUUCCAGAUUCAGUUCGUGAACAGAUUUGGGAUUUUUUACUUCAACUAUGCUUGUUAGAUACGGACCAAACUGAAAGAUAAGGGAAUGAAACAAUAUAUUGUAAAUUUACACAAUAUGUAUAUUUAGUUAUUGGAAAACCUGCAUUUCUUUAAAUAUUAGUUUACCAACGGAAUAACAAUUAUCUGUUAAGAAAUUGAUUAUAAUUUAUUUUUACCAAGUUUAAAUAGUAAGUAAAUUUCGUAAAAUCAGAAAU